GUCCGAAGACUGCGUUUCAGUGAUGACGUGCAUAUCUAUCUAUCUGGGCCAGUGACCGACCGGGCACCACUUGCAUUCUCUCAUCGUGCGGGUGGCUUCCCCUAGCUGUGUCAGUCAGUGAGCCCCUCCUAUACAUACUUGCCUGGCCCCUCGUCUUGUCAUCUAUCUGGUAUCGCGUGUGGUUUCAGGACCCUCCUCCGAACGUCGGGUCGAAGCAAUGAGCAGGAGACUGUCGCCGGCCAAGAUAUCCCGCGUGCCCCGUCUGUAGUCGAGUAUCGCAACGGGUCAACUCGGCGUUGUGCAGCAAUUCGCUUCGUUGUCUCGCCCGUCUUCUUGAGCAUUUGAUCCAGUUGGGGCCUGAUAGCCAACAGACAUGGUGCCCAUUGAACGGACGAGGGCACCUCGUCGUCAACCCUCGGACAACUAUGUUCGAUCAAGCAACGACAAGUCAUUACCGCCGCCGCCUCCUAGCGUGGCUGACAUGACAACCGUCCUCAUCGGUCCAAAGCAGCAGAGCUUCAAGGUGAAUCGCAAGCUCCUCUGCGCCGUGUCGCCCUUCUUCCUCGAGCGGCUCGAGGAUCCCGUGGCGCCCAAGCCCAUCUGCUUGUGGCUCCCGGGGGAAUCAGCCACCAUGUUUGCGCUUUUCGUCGAAUGGGUACACUCGCCGACGACGUUUCGGAGCUGGCUUGAUCACUCAGUGAGCACAGCUCACGAGACGAGCCAGCGAGCAUCGCAAGACAUACACUGGGCCAUCAUCCGCUUGCAUCUCUUUGCCGCGCACCUCGAUCUCUUUAAGCUGCAGGACCUCGCCAUGGACGCCCUGCAGGACCUCUACCUCAAAUACGACUGGGACGUUCCGCCAAGGCUGGUUCUCUACCUUUACACCCAGUGCGAGGCAAUCCAGGCCGUCCGAAUACGACGGUGGGCCGUGGCGAUGGUGGCCUUCUCCCUCACCGUCGGCCCCAAUCAGCUGCUCAAAUUCCAUCCUCAAGACGCCACGACCUCGGACCCGGCCCGGUUCCGACUCCUCUUCGACACGCUACACGAGUUUGCGGCCGACUACUCCAUGCACAUGCACAACAUGAAGGCCGCCGGGUUGGACGUGCGCUUCAAGAACCCGCAACUGCGCAUCUCGGCCAACAAGCUGCGCAACGACCAGCGCCUCUUCGGCUUCAGGGAAUGCUCCUUCCACUCGCACAGGGCUGCUGUUGGGGAGAAGCGCUGCCCGCACGUCGCCCCCAGGGUCCGGAGCCGGCAUACAUCGGAGCUUGGCGCCGCCGCCGCCAUGAUGGACCACCACUACCAGGUCGUCGAUCGGCGAAGAGACGUUCACGCCGAUGCGGUUCCGCGGCCGCUAUUUUCUAGCCAUGGCGAGAAUGACGGCCAGAGGCCCGCAAAACCCAUGCGGACCACGGCCGCGAGCUCGCCUAGAGAUUGAUGACGGGCUCAGCCAGCAACAACAGAAACCUGGUGCGCACGCUCUCUGCAGACAGACUGACGCUUGCCUGGACCUGCGCAUGAGGGCAGCAGACGACCAGCAAGUAUCUCACACGUGACGUGCAAUGAGCCGGCGGGUGGUUGGUAGUUCAAACAGUUUCGACGGCAGGGCACUCCUGCAUGGUAUUCCUGCGUAGUAAGGAUAGUACUCGGCAUGAUGAUGAUAUCCAAGCCACGGGUCGGCGGUAUCCAUCCGUGGCUAUGAAUGAACGAUGACGCUUUGCACCAUUCUUUUCUUCCCUCCUUCUACUUUGUCUCUGUUUCGACAAAGCCCCAUCUAAUGUACAUACUACGACGCCAGAUCAGGGGUCGGGGAAAAAAUAGCAACAAC